AUGCGAAGGUUUUCAAGAGUAGCAUUACAACAAUCACAGUCCCAGCUCUCUGUAGUUACUUGCACGCGCCGCAAGAGCUCCCUCAGUAUAGCGGCCGCUACGAAGGGCAAGAACAGCAAUGCCGCAGAGCAACAUCUUGACCUAAUGACUGCAGAAGAGAUAGAAAGCACUACAACAUCUCAAACACCGAGAACCACUAAUACCGCGAAACGCACCAAUGCGUUCACAGAACUCAUGUCCGCGAAGAAGCCAAAGUCUACCGCCCAAGCAGCCGAGACACCAGCAAAGCCUGUAAAACGAGGCUUCGACGCACGCAAUGGCUUAGGCUUGUAUAUCGAGAAGCCAGAGACCAAUCCCGAAGGGCUGGUUGUGGAGUACGACGACGACUUUGUGGUCAUCAACGACAAGUUCCCAAAAGCCUCCGUACACCUCCUCCUCAUCCCGCGCAAUCCCCCAUACUACGACCAGCACCCGCUGCACCUCCUCUCUACCGACCCUGCGUUCCUCGCCGAAGUACGAAAACGCGUCGACCGCCUCAAGAUCCUCGCAGCCUCAGAGCUACGACGCAAGUACGGUCGCCACAGCACCGCAGACGCUUCGUACCAGUCUGCUCUCGAGGAGCUUAUGAGCUCGCCCGAUCCACCGCCAGCGGAUCAACGAGAAGCUCUUCUCCCACCUGGCCGCGACUGGUUGUCCGAGAUCAAGGCAGGCGCGCAUACACACCCAAGCAUGAACCACAUGCACAUACACAUCAUGAGUAGUGAUAUGCAUUCGCCGUGUUUAAAGCACAAGAAGCAUUAUUUAAGCUUCAACUCGAGCUUCUUCGUGGAUAUGGACGACUUCCCACUAGAAGAGGGGAGUGCGAGGUUCCAUCCGGGAGACUGGCCGAGCUGGGAUAUGAAGUGCUGGAGGUGUGGAGAGAACUACAAGAAUAAGUUUGCGAAGCUCAAAGAGCAUCUAGAAGGGGAGUUCGAGGAGUGGAGGAAAGAAUAA